AUGUAUUCCAAUUUCAAUGAAUAUUUUUAUCUUAAUACCGACGCUUCUAAUUAUGCCAUUGGUGCUGUACUAGCACAAAAAGAUGAAAAAGGACAUGAAAGAGAAUGUUUAGCCGUGAUAUGGGCUACCAAACAUUUCCAUACCUUUUUGCAAGGAUCGUCAUUUUCCGUAGUUACCGAUCAUGAAGCUAUUCCCUGGUUAAAGAAACAUAAAAAUCCUAAAGGAAGGUUAGCUCGCUGGAUUAUUCACCUUUCAGAGUAUGAACCCUAUACUAUAAUUCGCAGGAAAGGAAGUAGUCAUAUCAACGCUGAUGCGUUAUCUAGAGUAAAAAUUAUGGAUACAACAACAUAUCACAAUUUGGUUAACUACUUAGAAAAACAUAAAUAUCCACUUAACUACACUAAUAAACAACAACGACACUUAGCAAAAAUCGCAAAUAAUUAUUUAGAAAGAAAUGGCAUAUUAUUUAGGAAAAAUAGGCAUAAUUUAAAUAUUCCUCUUAGAGUAAUAUCCUUGCAGGAUAAGGAUAAAUUAUUAUAUAAUUAUCAUUCGUCCCUAUUAGGAGGACAUUUUGGAAUUAAAAAAACUAUAGAAAAUAUCAAAGAAAAAUAUUAUUGGUCAAACUUGGCAGAGGAUGUAAAAUAUUAUAUUGAAUCAUGUGACAUAUGUCAACGAACCGGAAAACUAAAUAAGGACCAAACAAUAAUUCCUAUUAAAGUAACAAGACCUUUUGACCAAAUAAGAAUAGACUUUGUAGGACUAUUAAAAGUAUCUAAAGAAUUUGUAGAAGUUCCUUAUGAAGAAGUUUUAAAUAGAAGCAUUGCCCAAAUAGUAGGAACAUUUACUGAUGCAUUAAUACUUGCCAAGGAUAACAUUGGAACAGUUCAACAAAUACAAGAGGAAUGUUCCAAAAGGAUUGAGAAAGCUUCCACCUUUAAGGAAGGAGAUUUAGUAAUAUUAUAUGAUGCUGUCAAACAAAAUGUCCAUGGUGAUAAGUUUACUCAACGAUGGACAGGACCCUAUUAUAUCCAUAGAAAAAUUGGUGGCAAAACUGACUUAUACCGAGAAUUUCCUGAAAAUAUAGAAGAAAUUAAUAUCCAAUUGAAACCUGAAAUGUUUAAAAUUACUAUCGCUGAACAAAUAAUUGAAGUUCCAAUAGAAACUGUAAAACGAAUUGACUUCACUCCAUAUCAAUUAGACUUGUAUAACUUAGAACAAGAUUUUGACUUUGGAUUAUAUGUGGAGACUGACCUUAGGAAACUAUUACAGUACAUUGAUAACACUAAUAACCCCAAUGGUAAAAGAUUAUUGGCAUAUUCCUUAUUGGAAACAAAAAUGAAUUCUAUGAUCCAGAGGAGCAACAAGAAAAAG